UGUUGCACCCGACGCCGCAAGCAUGUCUCGUCUGGUCGCGCGCAUCUUUCUGAUUUACAAACACUCGAGAGCCGGCCUGCCAUUGUUGUCACGGCGGAGCAUCCCGGCCUUCAUUCGCCCUGUACACACAAGUGGAGGUUUGAAAUCUCUCACCCGCUAUGACGAGACGACAGACUGGCAAAAGAAACUCACUCCUGAGCAGUAUGUAGUCACUAGAGAGAGGGGGACAGAAGUGCCCUUUAGUGGGAUAUACCUGAACCACCAUGAAGUGGGGAUGUACCAUUGUGUCUGCUGUGAUUCUCCACUCUUCAGUUCUGAGUCCAAGUACGACUCUGGGACAGGCUGGCCCGCUUUCAAGGAGGCUCAUGGGACUUGGGAGCGAGAUGAAAGUCACUCCUCCAUCAUCCGUCGGCCUGACAACAGCCUGGGUAGCGCCAGCACUGAGGUGCUUUGUAAAAAUUGUGACGCCCACUUGGGCCACGUAUUUGAGGACGGGCCAGACCCGACUGGUCAGCGGUUCUGUAUUAACAGCGUGGCCCUCAACUUUAAACCCAGAGAGAGCAACAAACCUAAAGAGAAUGACGACAAUUGACACAAUAUUUGACAGUCAUCUCUUAUGUUAACACAUAAGAGAUGACAAAAUAACACAGCAUUGUUUUUUUUUUACAGUUUGCAUCAUGUAUUUGAAGCGGUUUCUUAAU